AUGAAAAUAGCGGCAAGUAAGGAUAAUAUGGAAGCAUUACUUUGGAUGAAUGAUAAUGUCUCUUCUGAAUAUCGUGGAACCAUAACUAUAGAUUUAUUAAAAUCAGCAAUGAACAACUCUAACAUUUCAAUGAAGAAGCAACAAAAAGUAAACUUGAAUCAUACAAACAACUUUUGGAAUAUGAAUAUUCAAAUUCUAUUGAAACAAUAG